GAUCAGUGACUUACAUUUGCCCGUGCGGGAAGCUCGUGUUUCGUGUUCGCUGUCUCUCUCGUGUGUUCUUUUGGAGGCAAGUCGUUUCUGUCGGUGGAUAAUUAUCAUUUUUCAUCGCAGGAGCAGUGGCGCGAAGCGAAGAUCCAAGUGAGAGAUAGAAGCAGGAAUAUCUACACCAUAAAAACAAUCAUUUGACAUCAAUUGUGUGCGUGUGUGUGUGUGUUCAUGUGGUUUUGUGUAUACAGCAGAUAAAUUUUUCCUCUGCCUUUUCUGACUGAUGCCAGCUGAAUUGUGGCCCACCGCGAAAAGGUUGACGAAAGAGCGAGAAAAUAAAGUGUGAUUAGGAGAGAAGGUUUAACGGAUCGGUGAUAAAUCGUGUGGAGUGGAGUGGAAGCCAACAGCAAAUAGAGCCAAGCAGACGCGUCAUCUCUUCCCCCCAACAAGCUUCCAAAGCCUCUUUGCGCCCAUAAUUCAGUGCUGUGUAUGUGUGAGGGAAGAACGGAAGGAAAGAGGAGAGUGUGCGGAUGGUGAAGUGCUUUUUUGGUGAGAAAAGCGUUUGGUUGCUGGUGCUGGUGCACGAAACAAGGUCAAUGAGGGGAUUCUGUUUCUCUUGUGCUUAAUCGGUGGGAUGGUGAAUUUUGAUUAGUGUGGAAAGAGAGAUAGAAAGGAAAACAAAAACCGAAAGGCGCACCGCUGAAGGGAAGAUUGCUAAUUAAUCGUUCUAGUUUGAGUAAUCGCACACCUUGGAGUUCUACGGAUAAUUGAUACAUUACAAACAACGACGGAAUCGGUUCGUUACUGCUCCCUUUCGCGCGAGAAAAGCCGAUUCAGCUGAUAGCGGACGGAAUCGUGAAUUGCUGUGGAAUACAUUAGAAGUGCUUACAGGCUAUCGCAAUCUACAAAGCAGCAAGAGAAACCGUUUCGCCAGCCGUCUCUAUGGGCAGCAACUAAACUAACACAGCGAGAAAUUCCAAAAAUGUAAUAUUUAAUCACCAACGUACGCAAGCGCUUACUGCAACUCUAAUCGUUAACGUUAAUAUAAAUCCACGCUAGUGACUGCGGCGAUAGAAUUUAAUCAAUUCCCUCGAGUUGAGUCGACGACAAGAUUCUUGAUCCAAAAACGGCCUCAGUUAAACCGCAAGUGUGCGCACAUCGAGAGUGAAAACCAUGGAAAAGUAUGUGACCGUCGUGUCGGUCGAGGAUCAGCCCGGAGAAAUCUCUGGAGUGGACGGAGGUAACGGAGCCCUGCGACAUGUGCCAGAUGUAGACAUCAACAAGGCGUCGGAAAAAGCUGCUGUGGAGGUGUCCACCGGCAGCAGCGGUGUGGUUGAUUCACAAUUUGUCACAGUGCUAUCAAUCAACCAUGGGGAAUCGAUGGAAGUAAACGAACCAGAGCUUGUGCUGGUUUAUCGGUUACCCGGCGAAAGACUAGGCUUCGGCCUAAAGUUCCAGGGCGGUACCAAGAACAACGAGAAAAUUCAACGGCUGUUCAUUCAGUCAUGUGCGGAAAACAGUCCCGCCUCGAGGGUGCAAUCGAGUUGGGGAUAUCUGCGGGAGGGAGAUGAGAUUUUGGAAAUCGACGGCGUCAGUGUGACACUAAUGACCAGAAUCGAAUGUGUCAAGUGCUUGAAGGAAAGCAACUUAGCCAUAAAGCUUUUGGUGCGAAACGGAGAGGGCAAAGUACAAAACUUCUACGAUGACAACGGAGACUUGCCGGAGAAGAAAAGUGCCCCUCCUCCUCCGCCACCGGUGCCACCGAGGAAGUUGAACAAAAGAAAAUCAAUAGAACACCAAAGCGUGGAGCCUCCCGCGAAGCAGAUUGUGGAAAUCGUGCACCCUCCCGAUGCGGAAGUGUACUCCAAUUUGUUCUCAGAGGAUUUUAGUGAUCUAAUUAGUGAAUCAGAUGACACUGCCAGUACAAUUUCCACUAUUAUCGAUAAGUUUUCUCUCUGUUCGAGCUUGUCCUCUGAGGACUAUACUAUCUCGUCCAAUCCAACCAGCUUAGAACUGGCCAAAGCCCUGAAACCGUUCACUCUGCUCGAGCAAGAAUUCAACCUGGAUAACAAGUUGGAGAAUAGUCUAUUCGCUUUUCCACCUUCAACUGUGAACGUUGUCCAGCUGGAAGUAGAAGCCGAGCCAGUUUCCACCGAAUACGAAAAUGUCACCAUUGCGAAGGUUGACGAGAAUAAAAACUACGAGAACGUAGUUGUUCAUGCGAGCGAUCAUCAACCGGCGAAUUACGAGAAUGUUACCAUCCAAAUCGUCCCAGAUCCUCAACCAUACGAAAAUGUUGUGUUCUCAAGUGAAGAUGAUAGUUCAGGUCGACAGGACUAUGAAAACAUCAGUCUCCAAAGUCCACCACCACUCCCUUUACCCCGCCAAGGACCUGCUGUGGUGGAAACCAAAAAACGUGCCGCCUCAGUAGUCAGUGUCAUCGCUCCGCCCCGACAAAAGUCGCCCAAGCUCGCACAACUGGGCAAAAUUCCUUCCCAUGCACCCAACGAAUUCAACACUAUUCACAGCUGGCUGCAAGAGGCUACCGAAGUUAUACACGAGUGCGCCCUUACUCCCAAUGUUGAGUCUCCGAAGGAAGAAAAGCCUCCAGUACGUUUCGGUAGCAACGAAAACUUACCUCGGUUGAUAGAUUUUCAUCCAAAAGUACCUGGUUCAUUUAGUCCGACCGCAUCACAAUUGACGACAACCAUCGUCACAGUGGCAACGGCCAGGAAUGAAGAAGAUGACCAGCAGCAGCAGCAGGUUGUGCCCUCGGGGGAAGACCAUGAUUUUCCGGUGGCGAAGAAAUGCAUCAAAAUCACCAACGCCAACGAUGGCGACGACGAUGAUGAUGAGAUGAUGGAACGGUACGCGGAUAGCUCGAGCGAUGAAGAUGAGGAGAAGUGCUAUCAGCCGGCGCAGAUCGAGGACGACGGCCAGUCCUGUGAUACCGGCACUUUCGAUAGCUACAGCGAUGAGGACGGUGAGAAGCUGGGACCGCCCGAGAUUGUGUCCGGCGGGCCCUCGGAGGCGUACUUUAACUUCCACUGGACGUCGACACUGCUACCACCGAUCGGGGAGGUUGAGGAGGAGUUUUCGUCGCUCGAGAACCAACAGAGUGGCCCAAUCGUUAUCAUUGAUACUGCCGAGGAAACGUUUUUCAACGAUAGCAACAACAAUCAACACCGGGAGCCGAAACCCAAAUUCCGUGGCCUCCAGGAGUACCCCUCCGAUGAUGAGGAGGAUGCGGGAGCCGCCGAUCACUUCGGCGUUAGCUUUGCUAUCAGAAGCACCACUCCCAAUCAAAGACCGUUGACGGAGCCACCGCCAGUUCCAACCCGUUCCUGCAGCAUCGAUUCGCUCGACGAUCCACUAUUGGACGAUGAACAUGAUGAACGGGAGGAUGAUGAAGGCACCGCGACAGGUGACGGUUGCCCGAUGGAGCAGGAAACAGCUGUUGUUGUGGAUGAUAGUGGUGAGCUCCAAGAUAUCGCUACUGAUAAGCACCAAGUUCAACCGGCAACGGGUGGUGACGCUUCGGUGGGAGCAACACCAACAGCAGCAGUCGAAACGACGACACCAUCCGAACAACGCGACGAGCAAAUUGUUUUGAUAGAAGAAGCCGAAUGCGUGAAAGGUGUUGAUCAGUUGCAAGACGGCGCCGUCGUUGAUAACGAGAAUUUGGAUGCACCCGGUGGUGAAAAAAUCGGAGAAAUGGAAAUUGAUUCGGAGUUCACGGAACUCAGCGCGGAAGUGCAAACUGCGACGGGAGUGGAAAAUGUGGAAAUGACCCCGAUCGUAGAUCGGGAUAACACGGACCAAAGUGAGGGGAAGCAAAUUGCGGAAGACAUCUGCGAAGAUGACGUUGAUAUCCUUGUGGUUAUCGGGGAAAGUGUGGAUAGUGACUUUGAAGAAUUGGUGAAGGCUCAAAUCGAGCAUAUCGAUGAUGGUGACAGUUCCGAGCAAAUACAACAGAUUCAUGAGAGAAUCAUUGUUGGCAUUGAACGCUCUAGUGAUCCCUCCAGCACUGGUAAUGAUGAUGAAAUCGGUGAUCAAAUGGUUGAAACAGUGGACGCAGGUGAACAGCAGAGCGUCGCGAAGAGUCUGGACGAGGCUCCGAUCGAUGUUCCGGACGUCACGAUAGAGACAACCAUCGCUGGAGAAGAGCAAAAAGCCGAAAGUAAUCAAGAGUCAGCCGAUUCUCCACCCCAAGCAGUCACCACAGCAACAGCGAAGGCAUCCAGUGCCAACGGUAGCAGCACCACCAACAACGAAGCUAACGCGACGAGUGGCGUCGGCAACACUGUCACGAUUAUGGACCAAAUGAAUAAUGUGGUGACAACAACGACGACAGCGACCGCCAUUGCCAGCACCGUUCAUCAACAAACAACGAUUUCGACGAAGACGACGGGUGCUGUUGCGACCACAGUGUACCACAAGGUAGCGCCACCGGCGUUCUCACGACUCCCGCCGGACGGGCAUGAGUUCCCGCCGAACUUCAGCGAACCCACGUCCAACGGUAGCAACGGAAUCGGUCCAGCGAUGACCGUCAUCAACGGGACCAGCGUGUCCCCCCAGAUCACUACUGCCAAGGGAGAUAAACAUUCCAGCUACGACGACAUUCCGGACCUUCCGAAGACCCACCCGCCGGCGGUACCUCGCAAAGUUUUCCGACAGGAUCUGGUCCUGAAGACGCUCGACCAGAACCAGUCCCCGGAGGCCGUCACCUACAAAAAGCCGCCAAUGUUCCCGAUGCGCAGCAACUCGGUGCUCAACGAGUCUUCCAUCAGCGAGGCGACGCGACGUCGCUCGUUCGACAUACACGAAAUCAACAAACCCCCAACGCGGGUAACCCUGCUGGGUUCGAACUGGCGCAAGGAUGAAAAAUCGGAGCGAAGUGUGCGCGAUAAGAUUGCAAUGUUUUCAAAGGCUGAAACAGGGGGUGGUGGAUCCGAGGGCGAGGGAUCUCCGGUACUGCGAAAAUUCAGCAAAGAUUUCACCAAAAGUACGGAAAAUUUGCUCGGAGUAGAAUCCACGUACUCUAGAAAAGCGGUCGAUCCAAUUGAAACGUACGCUACCCUGCGGAAAAAGGCACACAGCGUUGAGAAUCUUGAUGAAGUGGAUGGCGUCCAAAAUGGGGCCGAAUAUAGGCACACGGAGAGUAGAAGUUACAAGUCCAAGUUUGGAUUAGAAUCUUCGAAACCCGUCGUAUUGGGCAAGGCAUACAGCGUUGAGAACUUGAACCCAUUCAGUGGAUCCCAUGCCACAUCCGGAGAGAAAAAGUUGGAUAAUGGCGGUUUGUUUGGUAACCCCAAGAUUUUGUCCAGAACUACCAGUUUCUCUGGCUACUCGAACGGGAAUAGUUUGGCAACGAUUGGCAACAAUGUUGAGGAACGGAGGAAAUCGUCCAUUACUAGUCUUCUUGAGCAACGAAAGAGAUCAAUGUCAAAGUUGAGAGGAUUAGUUAUUCCCGAACGAGUUCCGGAAGCAGAAGAUCUUCCGGAGUCCAAAAUAAUCGGUCUUCCCAUUAUAAAGAGCAAAGAUUCGGAGAAAAUUUUAUCCUCGAAUGUACUUAACAAAAUUCCAGAUAAUGCCUUCGUCAGAAAAUCAACGCCAUUGCUCACUCCGAUGAAGUCAAACGGGAAUCCACUGCCUCCGAUGGGGACCCCGAAAUCAACUCCAGAAGUCGGUGGUUCGUACAGGAGUAUAUUUAGAAAUCUCAGCGGUGCGUCCCCAAAGCCCGAACCUAAGGCUGAAAUCGAAGAGCACAAUCACCGCAGAGCACUUCCGAUUGUUCCCCCCGCAAAACCUCCCCGAACCUCCCUCGCUUACUCACCCCCCAAUAGUCUCGAUCAGCGCAGUCAAACCACCGAGGACGAAAGUGACGACAGUGACUCGGUGUUGAGUUCCCGCGUCUCAUCCCCGACGGUCUCCCCGGUGGUGGCGUCUUCACCGGAGAAAUAUGUCCUAACCCGAACGUUGAGCUCCGAAACGAACACCUCGAUUGCCAGUUCCAACUCGACGCUGACUUCCAGCUCCGGAUCGCAGGCCAGCUGCAGCUCGGUCGGUAGCACCCCAGCGAUCGACAUGAGCCGACGCAUCUCGAAGUCUUCCUCGAGCGAGAUGACGAUGAACCGAAAGAAUGUGCUUGCGUCUGCCAAGAGUCGCAGCGGUCGGGGAGAUCUGAAGAUCGAAGAUGUGGCCAACGGAAAGGCACAACGGUACGAAGAUGGUGAUAGCACGGAUGGGUACGAGGAGGAAGAGAGAAGGAAGUCUAAGUCCAAGCCGAGGAACUCGCUGACAAAUGGGAAGAGCUCGGCGAAUAGUUACGAAGAGAAGGAGUUGACACACUACAAAGUGGUAGAGGCCGUAGAAAGUGUUGUUGAUAAGGUUAUUAAAGUCGCAUCCUUCGUUGAGGUUGUCUCGGACGUGGAAGAGAAUGCCAGCACCGAAGCGGAAGUGAUCGUUCCUAUGCAGAAACCAGUCGAUCCGGUGAAGGAGAAGAUCAGUUUCAAAACUCCGAAAAGCCCUUCGGUUGAGGGUGGACUAACGAACACAAUGACUGACUUGGCCAAAUGGGUUCGUCACGAGGCAGCUAAGGCUAUCGUUAACAAGGAUACAGAGCUUCCCGCUCGUACUGAAGUCAAGAAAUAUACUCGGACCAUUUCCGAGCCUGUCACAAAGGUAGCUGAAGAGUUUACGACUCCGGUUAAGCGGGAGCUUCGCUCCUCGGUGGAUACUAAAAAGCUCAAUCUGGCCGAGAUUAGGAAGUCAUUCGAAGCGAAAUCAAACAACAGCACCGUAAUCCCAAUGCCUGUGAAGGUCGUGUCGAAAGAAACCCCUACACACCCGGCCAAAUCAACGCCAACGGCGACGACUGGCAAUAACAACAACAACAGUCACGAUCGUUUCUCGUCCUGGGAUUCUCUGGCUUCAUCUUCCUCGGGAGUAUCGUCCCUGCAGACAGCCAGUUUGCUCGGGAAUGCAGUUGCCAACUGCACCGGCUCGUCCCAAACUCUGCAGAGCACACCUUCAGACUAUGGUAGCUUCUCGUCGCUAGGAAGCAGCCACAGUCUCAUCACUCCGCAGGAUCUGCAGUUGAUCAUUGAGGAGGCAGAUCCACCGCUAGCCACACCUGAAGGUUUUGUGAUUGUGCUCCAGCGGGAAACACCGGAGUCCAGCAUCGGGAUCACGCUCGCCGGUGGGUCGGAUUAUGAAGCGAAGGAAAUCACCAUCCACAAAAUACUGAACAAUUCCCCAGCCGAAAAAGAUGGAAGAUUAAGGCGCGGUGAUCGAAUCCUUUCCAUCAAUGGGUUGAGCAUGCGCGGGCUAACCCACCGCGAGUCAUUAAGUGUACUUAAGACACCCCGCCCAGAAGUGGUGAUGGUGAUCACUCGCUCCAAAUCGGUGGUCAUCGACAGCGCCAACACUCUGUCGAAAACCAAGCGGCCAUCUCUGGGAUCGCUCAGCUCGCUGGCUGAGAAGAACGAAAUCCCGGACUAUGAGCGCAAGAUCAAAAUUCAGCACAAAGCGUCGCGUUCUCUGGAUCUCGAUCUGGACAUUGUAUCCAACGAAGCGGAGAGCGUUUUCGAUGGCACCGCCUCUGAGGAUGGGUUGCUGUCAGCCGACGAGUCCAAAUGUUCCUCAACCACCCCUGCCAGUGAUGGAAUCGCUUCACCGAUUGCCGGCAGUCGGCUAGUGGAAAUCCAAAAAGAUGGUGCCGGCCUCGGGUUCUCUAUCGAAGGAGGUUUCGAUUCACCCACCGGAAACAAACCGCUGCUUAUCAAAAAGAUUUUCAUGGGUGGUGCGGCGGAAAAAUCCGGCUUUCUGAAGGCUGGCGAAGAAAUUGUUGCCAUUAACGACAUCACGAUCGAGCGCAUGACUCGGAUACAAGUGUGGAACAUGAUGAAGAAGCUGCCCAACGGUAGCGUUAGAAUCACUCUUAAAUAAGUUUAGGAAAUCCGGAAGUGCACACGCACACGACUCCCCGCCCGGGGGCAGCAGCAGUGUGAAAAAGAAGGAUGAUGAGAGAGAGAAAAAAGAAAUGUGUAUGCAAAGCCGCGCUUGAUUACACUUUAGAUGCUUUUACAAUGAUUAAUUCUAGUUUAGUAAGCCACAAUGCAAUUCGCAGAGAAUGCGCUUAAUCCAGCAGCAAUAAUAAUCAAAUUAUUAUCUCUUAUACAAUUCCCCCCUCUCUUUUAAACCCGAUCCCCAACCCUAGCGUGAUAAGGAGAUUGUUGAUUGUAUAUUUUAUAUAUUCGUCUAUCGAAGAGAGUUGUACACAAAAAAAUAUUUAUAUUUUGGGAAGCCGUAGUCCAAACUCAAAGUCGUUCCAGCCCGUUUGUUUGGCAGCAAGGCUUUGUCGGAGGAAAACAAAAACUGAUUUAGACUGAUCUAAGUAAAACGGGGCAACUCGGAAAUUCAUUAAAUUUGAGUCCGAGCUGACGCACGAAUCAAAAGAGCAAAAUUUUAGCAACGUAUCUGUGAGUCAAAUAACUCAGACAACAACAAAUAAUGAUCAUGAUAGAUAGUCUUAGCGGAAAGCGAAUCAAUUCGCACUUUUAUUAAUCAUCGUACUAAUCCUAAUAUAUAAUAUGUUAAUUAGAAAAGGGGAAAAACAGUGACCCCGCGGAGGAAUCGUCUUGGCAAUCCACAAUUUCCGCAAUGUUUAAAACGGAUUUCGCUGAGCACACAAAAAAACGGGAGCAUCCUUCUUGCCGUGUUAGAGAAAUGAUUUACUCGAAGCCGAUUAAUUGAUACAUUAUAUAUUCUGUACGUAUCGUUUAACCGUCAAUUACUGGUCUUGCAUCUUAUUUCUAAUCCUCCCUCCCCGUUUUUCACAUUUUGCUAUUCUUGUAGAUAUUUAUCAAUACUGACAAACAGUUUAAAUAAAAUACAAUUUUUUGAAUGAA